CAAUUUUACUCAAAAUAACUCGCCAGGAGGGAGAGGAGGGAACCGAAGACACAGUAGGGCAGAUGGCUUUCUUGAAAACAUCAACGGCUGGAUGAAUAAAACAUUUGAAGAGGGGAAGAUUCGUGACAUCUGGAAGUGAGGAACUUUUAUUUUGCUUGCUCCCCACACCACUCCGCUCACCGUCCUCACGUUUCUGUCCCUCUGUGGACUCAGGAGUUCAACYGGUCAGUCAAACAGACAGAAACAAGCCUGCUCUCCGACUUGUUUCUCCUUUUUAUCCUUUGUUCCACCUUGCUGUACCCUGCGUGACGCUUCACCCCGUCCUGCUCCCAUCUUCUCCGYCCUCCGGCUCUCCGUCUCCAGCUCGGCGUGUGAUGGUGCGUCCCCUCCUCUCGGCCCUGGAGACAUGCCUGUACAGGAGAUGGCGGUGAGUCCUGUCAAGUCCCUGCACUGGGAGCAAUUCCCCCCCAUGUCGCAGCGCCGUGUCUACUGCACGCCUGUCUACCACGAGGGCCUGCUCUACGUGCUUGGGGGCUGCAGCGAGACCGGCACGCCCYUGGACAGUGUGGAAGUUCUGGAUGUCGAGAGCCAGACGUGGAGCCAGCUGCCCCCGCUCCCCACUGCGCGGGCGGGGGCUUCGGCCGUGGCUCUUGGGGGACAGGUGAUGGUGCUCGGAGGAAUGAACCAGCAACAGACCCCGCUGGCCUCUGUGGAAAUGUACCACCCAGACGAGGGCAAGUGGGAGAAGAAGGCCAGUCUAGGUCAGCCUUCCAUGGGAGUCACCGCCGUGGAGAGAGAUGGGAAGGUGUUUGCCCUGGGCGGAAUGGGAGCAGACACAACGCCUCAGGCUUUUGUUAAAGUCUACGAAGCAGAGAAGGAUCAGUGGCAGGCCACCACCUCCAUGCCUACGCCACGCUACGGAGCCACGCCCUUCGUAAUAGGAAACAGAAUUUACGUGAUGGGUGGUCGUCAGGGAAAAAUGCCAGUAACGGCACUGGAGGCUUUCGACCUGGAGAUGAAGAGCUGGACUCGGUUCCCCUGCAUCCCGAGCCGCAGGGCGUUCUCAUGCUGUGCUACCAACGAGCGAAGCCUGUUCAGCCUGGGUGGGCUCCAGCAGCCGGGGCCUCAUAAUUUCUACUCCCGACCUCACUUUGUCAGCACUACGGAGGAGUUUGACCUGGAUCAAGGUGUUUGGAUCAAACCCAGCCGAACAUCCAGGAUGCGGGAAAAGAGGGCGGACUUUGUGGCAGGAUGCCUUGGAGGAAGAGUCAUCGUAGCUGGUGGUCUGGGUAAUGAGCCAUCGCCGUUGGGCUCAGUGGAGAGCUACAACCCAGUGAAGCGGCGCUGGGAGUAUGUGGCCCCCAUGCCCACUGCACGAUGCUCUUCUGCUCUGCUGCAGACGGCCAGCAUCCUCUUUGUGAUUGGAGGAGUUGCCCAGGGACCCAGUAACGCUGUGGAAGCCCUCUGCUUACAGGAAACAGUGUGAUGCACAAAAAACCCUUAAAUAAAUGCAAACUGGCACCAGUAUUUUCUUCACUCUAGAACAUGCAGGAGUUGGAUCGCACUCAGAUGCUUUCUUACUUUGAUCGGCAACAAUGGAUUCCACUUACACACUGGGAUCUCAACGACUUGUUUUGGCAUUGAAGAAGUGUUUUCAGAGCCGGACAGUGAAGCAGAUUGCUGUGACUGGCAAAGACAGGAAAGGAACAGCUUUUAUACACCGGGGAAAUCAAAGCAAGAGAAAAAUGAGCCAAACAACAAACCGACAGACCCGGUUUCUGAAGAAACAACCCGGCUUUGAACUGUUGAGCAUUUUUCAGAAUAAAAGCAGGGUACUUUUCUGGAUACUAAAAGGAACAUAGGGCCAUAUCUGAAACUCCUCUUAGCAGCAGCGCUGUGCUCUGCUUUCAUGGCAACAGCUCACUCUGACUCUUUUCUAGAACCUCAGAGGCAGCACUUGGUUGAGUUGUAGAUGGUGGCAUUCGGAGAGUGUGGAUGUCUGUUGUGGUUCUCUGUUCUGUUAGAGUGUUGUAAGUGUGAACACUAACGCUGCUAACAAUCUCUACAACGGCAUCAACAGCGAUGAUCCCUUACAUGCCUUCACACCACAAGYGAGUCAAAGGCCUGCCAGUCAGAAAAAAACAUCCACUUUGUUCCAACAGGGGCCCCAUCUUGAGCACAAUCACAGCUUCCUUGAUUGAGGAAAGAGUGAUUGUGGGUAAGCUUGUCAGCACUUUGCUUYGCCUCACAUCUCUCCAUCUCUACACCACACCAAUCAAUCACAGAACUCCAACCAACACUCACACUGYGGUGCAGGGAUGAUUUUGCUUGGGGGAGUGAAUGUAGAGUUACCUGCUACACUGAAGCAUCCUGGGAAAUCAGCUUUCUGUCACAUGAUGAGAUUUUCCUCUUGAACUUUGACAGUUCACUUUAUUACAAAUGUCAGCUUGAUGUCAGUGAGAUGAUGGAUGUGGAUGUUUUAAGGUAAUCAUACCAGAGUUUACUAAGAAUACACUGAGACAGAGACAAAAUCGUACAUUAUGUUGAAGUUAGGAUGCUAUUUUAAUCUAUKAUUUUAUUUUUUAACUCUUGAARUAUUAUUAUUUCAARGCAUUUCUACAAGUCAUUUGGGAUUGCCAAAUAAAAUGCUUGUAUUUCAGAGGUCCAACCGAUACAAACAAAACUUAGUGGAUCACUGAUGCUUUCUUAGGAAUUAAGAGUAAAAAUAGCAGUCAGCCUCUUCAAGCCAAAACCAUAUUAGCAUUUUUCCUUUCUGAAGCAUUUAUUUGUACGCCAGUGGUUUCCAAACUAUUUCUGGGCCCCCUCUAUGGCUUACAAAUAGCUGUCUGGUUGAAUGAAUCAACUUUUUGGGGACAAAAUGAAUUGUAGCUGAACAUAGACAACAACACCAGUAGCCUACAAGCUACUUGUUAACAAGCUUAAAGUGCUGUAUUAGC